UAGCUAUUGGCCAUUCAGCUUUUUAUUAAACCAAUCAGGUGCCUUAGGCAGGUAAAACACCAAAUCUUUACAGUUAAACAAAUGUAGCAUAAACAAAUGUAAGACAUCAUUACAUAGUUGAAAAAUACAGCAUAAAUACAUGUAACACAUUGUUACAUAGUUAAACAAAUACAGUAUAAACAAAUGUAACACAUCGUUACAUAGCUAAACAAAUACAAUAUAAACAAAUGUAACAUAUCUUUGCCAAAAGUAAUAUUCCACGACACCUAUCUAUACAAGCAUUGUAUCCCCACAAACAAUGCAGGCAACAUUUCACAAAUCCUUUUAGAAGGGUCUGGCCAUGCCUGCCACCAGGAGGGAAGCCUGCUGUCCCUGGGAAUCAACAGAAGCCUUGGAGGGCAUGAGGAUGUUGUUCCCACCAUGGCUAGCAGCUCCCAGAUUCACUGGCAUCUGCAGGGCAGGAACUCUAGGACACAUCUGUCUUCUGGCUGCUGACAUUGAGCUUUGAUGCCUGGGAUGGGGCCCAAAGUUCCAACAUUCUCUGAUGACCUGAGCACCAAGGGUGGCCUGGGCAGUCGUGAGCACUGGACACCCCUAUCCCUGGUGGCCCUCUUGCCUCAAACAGUCUUAAGGUCACUCCAUCUUAGCUUGAACCAGGACCUUUCCCCUGCUUUUCUAUCCUUACCUCCAAAUCCCAGGACCUACAUCCUCCUCAGCAUCAGUUCCUAGGUAAGGACCAGUUGAGUGUCUCUAGACUGCUGGGAAAGUAUUUGCCUUCAGAAGACUGGCAUUUGGACAUAGUCACUAGAUCCUCCACCUUCCAGGAGGAUGUGAAACUCCCUAGGAGCCAGCUCUGAGACUUCCUGUCCUCUGUUCUUUGCAUGUAUGGGUGUGUCCCUAGGUUUUGAUUCUCUAGUAGGGUUUAUCUAGAACUAGAUAAGAACUAGAGACUUGGUGUGGUCCCUAUCCACUAGUUUCUCUCACCUACCCACAGUCAGGCUGAUGGAGUCAAAAGAUCCACGUGACAGCACGGGACCUGUGUCAAGUAAGCACAAAAGGUUCCAGAGUAGAAGAAAGGGGACGCUUCCUUGUUGGAGUCUUCCUGACAACAGGCGUCCUGGUCCUGGACCCUCCAGCCAGCACCUGUGGUCUCAGCUCCAGCUUCAGGCCCAGAACUCAGAAAUCCACCUCGGGUGCUACUGACCUCUUCAUCAGGAACAGGUACCAGGGAUCCAGGUAACCCAUGGUGCAUGGUGGGCGAUGCCAUUUAGACCUCAGUUGGGAGCUGCCAGCUCCCACUCUCCCGGUUUCCAAAGCAGGGAAGUUCAGAAAACAGCGGAGCGGAGAGGAGCGUAGGGCGGUGACUAGCAAAGCCCCGCCCCGCAACUCGGAGGGUGGCCCUGCCCCUGGGUCCCCGCGUGUCCCCCGCCCUUCCAGUGGCGCGCGUUUACCUGCCAGCAGACGGAGUGAGGUGGGGCCGGAGCGGGGUGCGUGCCGGUCCCCAGAGCAGCCGCUGUCAGUCACCGCCGCUGAGCUCCAGCGAGGACGAGCCUCUGGCCCAGGAGGCCCGCGUCUCGCGACCCCGAAACGCAGGACCCGCGGCCCAGCGACCCCGAACCCAGCGUCGGGUUCCUCCUGCCAGGCUCCCUGGCGCCCCUUGGCCUCCGAGCCGCAGCCAGUACCGACUCCGGCACGGCAUUGUAACCAGGAAUUUAGCCAUGAUACCAACCAUUAACCUUGCUCAGAUUGCACACUUCACCGGUUUCCAUACCGACAUCCCUAUGCCUGUCUCUGUGUUUAUGCAUCUGGCUGUAUCCAGCACCCGUCUUCGGGCUCCUUCCUGACAGUUUAGCCUGUGUUUGCAUCUACUCUAAUUGGAAUACAGAGGCAAGUGGAUCUCUGUGAGCUCAAGGCAAGCCUGGUCUACAGAGUGAAUUCCAGGCCAGAAGAGCUACAUAGUGAGACCCAUCUCAAAAAACAAACAAAAAGAAAAAUGAAGAAAACCCAAGAAUUCUUCAUCUAAAGUCCUGAAAACUCCUUCUGCUGUUUUGUUUUCCGUUUUUGCUUCCACUUUUCCACGCUUCAUUCUGUGAUCCAUUCUCAGUAACUUUUGUGUAAAGUAUGAAGUUUAGACUGGGGCUUUUUGUUAAAAUACUUUUGGGGUUUGAUAAAAGACUUUAGGAAAUGCAGUUCAUCGAAUUGCUUUUGCCACUGUCAAAAAUCAUUUCCACAUGUUUUGGUUUUUGUGUUUGUUUGUUUGUUUGUUUGUUGUUUUGAUGGAUUCUGCUCCACAGAGCAGUGUGGCUGUGCCUCCAUCAGGACCAGGAUGUCUCCAUCACUGACUCAAUACUUCCUGAGGAUACCGCUGAGCCACUAUGGGAAACCACGCUGGAAAACGAGAGCUGACUGCUGAAAAGGCCAGUAAGGAUGGUGAAAGUCACCGAGGAGAAUUUGAAGAAAAGAGAAGUGUGGGCAAACUUUCUCAGACAGCAUCAGAAGACAGUGAUGUGUUUGGGGAGGCAGAUGCGAUCCAAAACAAUGGGGCCUCGGCUGAGGACACGGCGGUGACAGACUCCAGGCACACAGCAGACCCAAAGAAUAACUGGCAGGGUGCCCACCCAGCUGACCCAGGGAGCCGCCCCCACUUGAUCCGCCUCUUUUCCCGAGAUGCCCCAGGAAGGGAGGACAACACCUUCAAAGACAGGCCCUCCGAGUCCGACGAGCUCCAGACCAUCCAAGAAGACUCCACAGCAGCUUCCGAAGGCCUGGAUGUGAUGGCAUCACAGAAGAGACCCUCACAGCGAUCCAAGUACCUGGCCACAGCAAGUACCAUGGACCAUGCCAGGCAUGGCUUCCUCCCGAGGCACAGAGACACGGGCAUCCUUGACUCCAUCGGGCGCUUCUUUAGUGGUGACAGGGGCGCACCCAAACGGGGCUCCGGCAAGGUACCCUGGCUAAAGCAGAGCCGGAGCCCUCUGGCCCACAGCCGUCCUGGGCUGUGCAACAUGUACAAGGACUCACACACAAGAACUACCCACUAUGGCUCCCUGCCCCAGAAGUCGCAGCAUGGCCGGACCCAAGAUGAAAACCCAGUAGUCCACUUCUUCAAGAACAUUGUGACACCGCGCACACCACCUCCAUCCCAAGGAAAGGGGAGAGGCCUGUCCCUCAGCAGAUUUAGCUGGGGGGCCGAGGGGCAGAAGCCAGGAUUUGGCUACGGAGGCAGAGCUUCCGACUAUAAAUCGGCUCACAAGGGAUUCAAGGGGGCCUACGACGCCCAGGGCACGCUUUCCAAAAUCUUUAAGCUGGGAGGAAGAGACAGCCGCUCCGGAUCUCCCAUGGCGAGACGCUGAAAGCCCUGCCUGCUCAGCCUUCCUGAAUCCUGCCCUCGGCUUCUUAAUAUAACUGCCUUAAAUGUUUAAUUCUACCUGCACCCGUUAGCUAGUUAGAGCAGCCCCACUCCUAAUCCCGUGGAGCCACGCACGUGGUGGGGCCAGGCCCACGGCACCCUGGCUCGUUAAAAACUGUUCCUUUUCAUUUGAAGACUGAGUGCCCUCGGGGGUCUUCCCUGCCCUGCCUUGCCCCCCCACCUCACCCCCCCCCCCCAUGUACUUUGAUUGACUCCGGAGGUCUAAGUACACGGAAAUCCUUCUAAGUUCACCCCUACUCCAUCCUCAGACUUUCUUUUCACGGUGUGGUGCACCCCUCCAACUUCCGUAGGCACUGUGGAUAGACAGGCACACCGCCAAGGAGCCAGAGAGCGUGGCGCAGGGGACUGUGUGGUCCAGGCUUCCUUUGUUUUCUUUCCCCUAAAGAGCUUUGUUUUUCCUAACAGGAUCAGACAGUCUUGGAGUGGCUUAUACACCGGGGGCUUGUGGUAUGUGAGUGCAGGCUGGGCAGCAGUGAGAGUCCAGAGUGGGGUGCUCCUGGGGACACUUCCAGGCCAGCUGUUCCCUCCACCCCACCAGCUGAUUUCGAGCGUGGCAGAGGAAAGGAAAGGGGCGAGCGGGCUGGGCAAUGGCCCCAACAGGAAAUGGGGACUUAGGGAAACACGCUGGAGACGUCAUGUGUGGCCGCGGAACGUCACCAUCUCUCCUCAGUGGCCCCUCAGGGCAGGUGCUUUUAAGAUCCCCGUUUCCACUCAGAGCCCAGGGAGAGUCCAGGGACAUGGCGCAUCUCGCAGUGGGAAUGCAGGAGUUCUCUGGUGGCCUUGUGGUGUCCCUCUGGCCACCACUCACAUUGGGAUGGCCAGCGGUAGCUCGCCAUGGCAGUGCCCAUCGGUACACACUAACCUCAGAGAAAAAAUAACCUUCCCCUGCCUCCUAGAAACCACUCAUUCAUAGCUGAUUUAGGAGUGUGCUUGUCACUGAGUCCCUACCCUGGAUGCAGGCUGGCCUGGGCAAACCUUCAGGGAUGAGGAGCUCAGAAUCCCACUUUCCUGAUGUCCAUGGAUACCUCCCAUCCCUCUAACCUAAUGACUAUGUCUUUUGAUUUAGCGUGUCUUUUACAGACCUUUCAAAGAGCCCCACACUGGCCCCUUCAUCCUUAGAAGGAAGGUGUUGGUUGAUGUAGACCAAUGCGCGUCUUGUUAAUCUGUUCUAAUUCUGAGUAUAGUGUGGGUUUAAGAUAACAUCUAUUAAUACAUAGCCUCAAUAGCAUGAGGGUAAGAGAAAAAGCAGGGAAGAAAAUUCCAGAAGCAGACCCUCCAGGUCGUUCCCCAGGAACACUGGCCCUCCGACAUGACCGGACGCCUUUGCUCAUGGCUUUAUCCAGA